GCCGAAGCAGCGUGGGCACGCAUUUUGUCUUUUCCGCCAUUGUUUCUUUGGCAUAGCGUCGGUACUGCAUCUCAGUGUUCAGUUCUGACUGUUUUUAUUAUAUUUCGAGAGGAUCCAAGGUCGUCUGUUAAACUAAAAACCGGUACUUAUACGAAGGCUAAGAUCACAACUUGAAAAUAUGGAGAACUCAAACAAUACUCAACCUCAAGAAAACAACCAGCCUCCUCAGGAUAAUACUAAAGUCAAUGAGUAUAUUAAAGAGUUAUUAAAAGAGAAGAAUAAUCUCGACCCUUCAAAAUCUCCAAUUGCCAUGCGAUUAUUGGAAGAAGAAGUGGUUAAGGCACAGGCUAAAGGAAAACCAGUCAAGGAAUCUAAAUACGUAGAUAUUUAUAGAGAAAAACCAGUUCGUGUUACUACUAAGGUUCUGGUGCCAGUCAAAGAACAUCCAAGGUUCAACUUUGUUGGUAAACUUUUGGGACCAAAGGGUAACUCAUUAAGGAGGCUGCAAGAAGAGACCAUGACAAAGAUGGCCAUCCUAGGGAGGGGAUCAAUGAGGGAUAAACAGAAGGAAGAAGAAUGGAGAAAUACACUUGACCCGAAAUACUCUCAUCUCUCUGAGGAAUUACAUGUUGAGAUUUCUGCUCUUGCACCUCCCGCAGAAUCUCAUGCCAGAAUUGCCUUCGCUCUUGCUGAGCUUAGGAAGUACUUGGUGCCUGACAGCAAUGAUGAAAUUCGUUUAGAACAGCUGAGAGAAAUUCAGUCAGACCCAGGACGCAGAGGUGCAGGUCGUGGCAGGGCUCCUCCACCUCCUCCCCCUCGUGGUGCUGGACGAGCAACUACUGGAUUGGCUCCACCACCACCAAGGCCUGCCCCAAGCAAAGCUAAAGUUCUGUCCAUCUUAGACCGGGCUAGACAAGCCAUGGAAGAACCUGCCUAUCCAGACUACGAAGAAGCUGGCCCAUAUGGAUAUGAUCCCCCUCCACCAGCUGGUUAUGCAGGUGACUAUGAAGGCGGUGCUGAAUACUAUGACACACCAGCAUAUUCAGCUGCUGGAGCUGGGCGCUGGAAGGGCUACAAGUCUGCUGUGGUAGGUCGUGGAUAUGGAGCGGGAGCUGCACGCCCUGUGCCAUAUUCACGCCCUGUUCCCAAGUAAAGUGGCUGGAUAUGAAGAGGUGCUGACUUUUAAAUUUAAACUAAACUAAUUUUAUAAAAUACAAAAACCAUUUAAAAAAUGAAAAUCAAUUGGAAUGCAUAACAAAUUCCAUUUUUAUAUAAGGAAUAAUAAAAUAGAUUAGAAGGUUUAGAUUUUGUGUAUUUGAUUCAAUUGCUCCACAUGUUUUAUGACCAUUGACUUUUUAUCAAUCUAGGUGUUUUUAUCAUUUAUAAUUGUUUACUGUAUCUUAUUUUUUUCUUUAAUUAUUUAUGAAAUCAUAAAUAAAAUAUUGUGAUUAUGAAUUAAAUAAAUGGUUUGUUUUUAUUAUUUUUUAAAAUUUUGUUUCGCAUAUAAUUUAUAAAAUUCUUAAUAUCAUUAAAUAAUGAGAUGGUAGAGUAAUUGUUUUUAAUUUAUA